AUGACAACCCAGGCUCCUAUCACGGAUGCCGAGUAUAUCACAGACGUCCUCAAUAUACCUAGCAGCCCAGGCCUGGAAGAUGCCGAAUCUAUUGCUUCAGGUGGGGAUCAGCCUGACCUCGACAGAAGAAGAGUCACCUUCGCAAAGUCCAAGUCCGUAUUUCUCGACCGUCUGACUCGUGAUUUCGACUUGCUGAUAUAUUGCGAACUAUCGGCUCUCUAUUAUAUGGAUUGCUCUAUCAUCCAUUUCGCCGUACGGGCCAUAGUUCAGUUUCUAUUUCUUACACCAAAAGCGGCCAACUUCCCCGAGCCACCGAAGAAUCAGCCAUAUAUUGGAGCAAUUAUUAUAAGUAACCUAAUCUGUAUAUUUCUCCACAUUGCUUCAGCCAAUCCAUCCGCAGGAGAAGCAUCCAGAGGAUACCUUCAUGGCGGGCUAUUCAUUGAUUUUAUCGGCCAAAAAGGACCUACUUCAAAACUUCAGUUGCUUGCAGUGGACCUAUUGGUUGUAUGCCUCCAGAUCCUUAUGGUGGGGGCCAUCCUAGAGAAAGAAAAGGUCUCUGGGCUGAUUUCAUCGCGGCGAACUGCCGAACCCAUUGCAUCUUCGACAGUGCCAGAGCAGGAUCAUGAUUCCGAAGAGCAAGGACUUCUGAGGUCGUCUCAAAAUUUGUCCAGCCAGGAGGAUGACAUGGAGAACCGGCAAGUAAGUGGCGUCGAACUCUCAAGCCUAGGUGGUGACAGAGGUGUGAAUACAGCCAGCGGUAUGCAUCCGCGCGAUUAUUUUCACUCGGGGGAGGCCCUUGUUAUGAACUUGAACAUCAGCCGUACGCUUCGACAGCAGUGGCAUAACCGAACAUCCGCGCUUGUGACCCCCCACGCCUCGUUGAGUGGUACCAGAGUCCCUGCAAGUACAUUCAUUAGGCAUCAACUGGGCCUCCAAGCCGAACGCGACUCUUAA